AUGAGCAGACGUGCAGAUGAGCGGUUUGGCCGCCAGAGGGCGCGCUGGGGCCGCAGCGUCUUCCUGUGGGAUGCUGGAGCCCUGACGCCAUCUUCCUGUGAGCUGUUUUUAUUUACGCAAAGUAGCAGGCGGCGAACUGACAGUGCAGAAACCAUGGGGAGGAAGAAGAAAAAGCAAAUGAAGCCUUGGUGCUGGUAUUGUAACAGGGAUUUCGACGAUGAAAAGAUUCUCAUCCAGCACCAGAAGGCCAAGCAUUUCAAGUGUCACAUCUGUCAUAAGAAGCUGUACACCGGGCCCGGGCUGGCCAUCCACUGCAUGCAGGUGCACAAGGAGACCAUUGAUGGCGUUCCAAAUGCGAUACCGGGAAGAACAGAUAUCGAGCUGGAAAUCUACGGCAUGGAGGGCAUUCCAGAGAAAGACAUGGAGGAGAGAAGGCGAGUGCUGGAGCAAAAGAACCAAGAGACGCAAAAGAAAAAGCUGAACCAGGAUGACUCUGAUGAAGACGAUGAGGAUGAGGAGCCCGGUCCCUCCUACUCUCAUCAGCCAGCUGCUGGCCAGCCCCCGACAGGUUACAUCCCCCCUAUGGCGCAGCCCGGUUUGCCCGUCGGUGCGGGCGCUCCGGGCUUACCACCAAGCGGAUACUCAGGAAUCCCCCCCAUGAUGCAAGGUGUUCCGCCCAUGAUGCCAGGCCUGCCCCCUGGAAUGCCAGGAAUGCCGCCGGGGAUGAUACCAAUGGGUGGGAUGAUGCCUCCGAUGAUGCCGGGUGUACCACCAGGCAUUCCCCCUCCAGUGGGCCACCGUCCUGGCAUCACACACAUGCCUCAGGCCUCCCCUGCAACCAGCAUCCUGACCAGACCUGCUGCCACGGCCCCGGCAGCCCACACCGACAUCACAAAACCUCUUUUCCCCAGCACUGGACAGGGUCACCGGGCAGUGUCGGGGCCGCCCCACACCCCUCUGUCCCCCAGCUCUGACCCCUCAAAGCCCACAUUCCCGGCUUACACCCAGGCCGCGGCCGCGGUCAGCAGCCCCACGGCGGGCAGCAGCACGGUCUGCAAACCUCCCUCCACCGUGAGCACUAAGCCCGCCACCCUCACCGCCGCCAGUGCAACCAGUAAGUUGAUCCACCCCGACGAAGACCUGUCACUGGAAGAGCUGAGGGCCCAGCUGCCCAGGUACCAGGUCAGCGUUGCUCUGCAGGGUCAGACCACGGCCUCUGUCCCCUCAGCGGGUCCUGUUGGACUAAUGGCCCCGCAGCAGCUCAGCCUAGGAAGCCCCCUACCCGGUCAGUACGGUGGUCCACCACGGGGGGUGCCAGGCUACAUACCAGGCCGGGUGCCCCCAUUUGGACAGGCCCCUCCUGUGGUCCCUCCGGGGUAUCAGGGAGCCCCACCUCAGCCACCCAUCGGUAUGAGACCCCCCGUCAUGUCUCCCGGAGGCCGCUACUGAAGUCUGUCCUCUCUUCUAUAGGUUUGGACACUUAUCCAUUUUUUAACGCCCUCAGCUGCUAGUAGAAAAACAGCGUUGGUAUUCUAGUAGCCCAGUACACUGACUGUCCCACUGCUGAGCUGAGAGGGCCAGGCAGCAAACAGAAGAGCCACAGAGCGCACGGGAAGUAUUUACACUAUCUGACAAAGACGAUGAGCUGUGUUACCUGGUUCUGAUGCAAUCCAUCUCUGUUCUGUGGCUUCUUUUCCUUCUCAUGUUUCAUUCAGGUGUAUAGAAGUGUAGUAAAUAUGGUUCGUAGUGUUGUGAAGGCGCUGGCGUUACAUGGGCAGUACCCCCCCUUUAUCAAGGCAAGUUUUAUGUGAGAGCUUCUCUGUUCUAUGCUUAGUGGUGAGGCCUUCACAGCACUCUGUGCUGUUGGACUGAUGUCCCCAAACGUGGUUUGGUGAGGGCUUCCAGCUACUGCUUUCUUUCUGUUCUGUGGUAAUUAAGAAGUACUCCCUUAACCCUAAAGCAAAGGAGGUAAUACAUGAAAUGGUACGUGUGCUGUUAUGUAACUGUAUUCUAAUAAACUCUGGGAAAAAUGUAAGACUCUUUUUUUGUGGGAUCCAGCAGGUUUGUAAAUGUUUGAAAAGUUGUUAAAAGUUGUUUUGUUUUCUUUAGCCUAGAGCAGAAAUGUUUUGCCAGUUAGUUCUUCCUCUUACUACGAGCAGUAAAUGAUAAAGCUCUCUGUUGAUGCUCUGUACAUGGCACAGGCUGACAGACAGCUCACACAGUGUGCCCUGUACAGCUGCAUAGUGUCCGAGUGGACGGUGGCUGCAGUGCUAAAACCCAGAUUUCUCUUCUCCCUGUAGCAAUGCCACUGGGGACUGGCUGAGGCCCUGUCUCAGUGUAGGCCUGUUCAGCCCGAGGCAAGUCUCACCGUUUUCUGUCUUCUCAUUCAUUGCCAGGGGCCCUCACAGCUUCUAAGCUGUUGGAUUUCAAUGUCCCCAAACUUGCAGCAAGUUUGGUGAAGGCCCUUGUUUUUUUUCUGUUGCAUUUAGGAAUCAUGUUAACGCAUUUAAUUGGGAAUCUUUCCCGUAGAGAUGCUCUGUCACAUCAUCCAUGUUUUUACAGACGAGAGCACCACAAUCCUGUUCAGACUUCUACUACAUCAUGAAACCAUUAGCAGUCUGACCACAGUCAGUUCAUCCGUUUACCGUGUGAUGGGAAAUUUGAAUGACAAAAGUACUUCUUUUGUUCUUAAAAAAUGGUUUCACUGCUUAAUCCUGUUUUUGUCAUCAGCCGUCAUCGCUCUUAUUAACUACUCACAUGGAGACUGGCAGCCCGUUCCAGGUUAGUUAAAUCUGUAAGUACUGCCACCAUGAUUCAAUUUCCAUCAGCUUUGUUUGGUGUUCUCACACGAGAUCGUAAUAUCUGGGAGUUGAUGUUUCUCCAUUUACUGAAAGAGCUUCAAAAAGAUCAGUUAGAUAACACUGUACAAUGAAGGCAGCCAAUCAUUUAUUAUGAUCUCUGCAUCCUGAAUAGAAGAUUAUGCCAGUGUGCUGGACAUUUUGUGGCUACUUGUUGAGCAUGUCAAAACUUUUGGUUUGAAUAAUCUUCAAAAGAGCCAGAGGUAGGAGUCAAUACAGAAACGGUGAGUACAGACUUUUUUUUUUUAAAAACAGGCGUUUCAACAGCUUCUUAAAAAUGCACUUUUCACUCCUCUACAACUCAAAUCUCCAUUUCUAAUUCCAUUAUACCCACAGGAGACUGACAAUGUGUAAGAUGUCUGGAAAUGGAGACUAUCCAUUAGAAAGAAACCAUUUUGUAAACUGUUCAAAACUUUGCAGUCCAACCAGUCUGACAGCUGUUACUUCAAUGCACAUGUAUGCAUGAAAUAUUCAAAAAAGAAUUAUCAGAUCGUGGAUCAGUGUAAAGUACCCUCCUUUGAACUAUUACAACAUUUUCAGGUUUGAGUCGUUUCAGACGGAAAAACUGCAGAGUUUUAGGAGAAGUUGCACUUAAUCUGGAAGGAAAAAUAAAGGAAACUGUUUUGUUCAUUUUUUCUAAAUAAAAAAAAAAGACUGACU